AUGGAUGCAUUGCUAGCCCUCACAUCCCUACAUCUGGCCACUGAGCUUUCAGCCGCCAAUGAAGAAAAAAUAAUCCACCUCAGCGAUGCACUACAAUAUCAAAGCAGCGCAGUGCCAGCCUUCCGUACCGCGCUUGAAGACAUCUCAGCGGCCAACUGUGACGCGCUUUUCGCAUGCUCUGUGCUAAUGAUGGCUUGCACGGUUGUUUUUCCGUCACUUGAAACUCAUUCCCGUGGUGGUGCGAGUAGUGGGAGAAAAGUGCCCACUGAUUUAUCCUCCCUUUUUCAGUUUGUGAAAGGCAUUCACUCUGUCAUUGACCAAGCUCGCCCUUCUCUUGAUUCGGGGCCAUUCAAGCUUGUUAUCACGCCGUACUUGGGCAUCGAACAGAUGUAUUCUUCGACAUCUGAAGUGAUCCUUCCUUCAACAUUGAAGAAGCUCUGUCAUGAUGAGCCGUCGGUCUUGCAAGAUAUUUAUAUUCACGCUGUUGAGAUGCUAGAGCGAUGUGCUAUGGCGGAAGGCAUGGUUGUUCCUUGGAUUGUUAUGGCUGGCGAAAGAUUUGUGGAACAAGUCGAAAAGGAAGAGCCGUUGGCAUUGCUUGUCUAUAUAUGCUGGGGGGCUCUGUUUGGCCGUCUUGAAGAGAUGUGGUGGGCGAGGGUGGCUGGACAGACUAUCGUGAUGAAUCUCUCUGAGUGCAUUGUAAAGAAUGAGGAGUCAGAUGAGAUUGUAAGAUGGGCUAAAGAAAAAGUAGGGAUAAAACCUUGA